AAGCACGUUUGCUUGGCGUGAGCUUCACAGAAAGAAAACAGCUACUACAUCGGAUGAGUGACGGGAACACUGAGCACCAGAACCCCGUCCGUUCCUAACAUUCGCGCCGCCACGUGUACGGUCAACACUCGGGGAUUAUCGUUUAAUACUCCACCAGAAACACUGCCAGUCGUCUGGAUUCUAUCCAGUCUUUUGAUGUCGGCUGGGUGCUGGAUGUAAAUUCUGCCACGGUGUUUUCCGCCAAGCUUCAGAGAUGGACAAAAAGGUAGCAGCACGAGAUGCACCAGUUGACCGCGGCUACUUGGUGGGAAUCAUUUUCUUCAUCCUGGGCCUUGGAACACUGCUUCCAUGGAACUUCUUCAUCACCGCCUCAUCGUAUUUUGAAGAUCGCCUGAACACAACACGAUUGGAAAACGGCACGUAUGUGGAAGGCGAGAAGUACUACUUCAAAAGUUGGAUGACGUUGUUGUCCCAACUCCCUCUGCUGGUCUUCACCCUGCUGAACUCCUUCCUGUACCAGAGGGUGUCAGAGGGGAUGAGGAUUGCUGGAAGUCUAAUCUUCAUCCUGCUACUCUUCAUCCUCACUGCAGUGCUGGUUGUUGUUCGGAUGGAAGUGGAUGGAUUCUAUUCUCUCACCAUGGCGACCAUCUGGUUCAUAAACUCGUUUGGCGCAGUGCUGCAGGGGAGUUUGUUCGGUCUGGUAGGCCAGCUUCCACAGAAAUACAGCGCUAUCUUCAUGAGCGGCCAGGGGCUCGCUGGCACAUUUGCUGCCAUUGCCAUGCUGAUCUCCAUUGCCAGUAAAGCUCCCCCUGAGGUGGCAGCAUUGGGGUACUUCAUCACACCGUGUGUGGGAACACUGCUCACACUCUUCAGCUACCUGCUUCUGUACCGGCUGGAGUUUGCCCAGUACUAUUUAAACAAAAAUGUCAAAUACGAAGCAGGAACUACAGACGAGCUGCUGACAGAAGGCGGCAUGUUGGAGAAUGGCAAGCUUAAUGGGCAUGCCAAUGGCUCAGUGACCAGUGAGCCACCAAAAGUGGUGAUCGCAGGCAAGUGUGAUGAGGAGCGGAGUUCUGACCACACCAAGCAAGCCUUCCUGUCCCUGGAACAGGUUGAGAAGAGCCAAGCCAGAAGCUCGGUCGUCCAGGUCUUCAAGAAGAUCUGGGUGAUGGCCUUUUGCGUGACCUUUGUCUUCACCGUCACCUUGUCUGUGUUUCCUGCCGUCACUGCUGAUGUCAAAACGUCAGCAGAUUCAGGAAAUUGGAAGUUGUACUUCACUGCUGUCUGCUGCUUCCUCAUCUUCAACAUAAACGACUGGCUGGGCCGCACCAUCACCACCUUCAUACGAUGGCCCAAGAAAGAAUCCAAAAUCUUCCCGCUGCUUGUGGUCUGCAGGGUGGUCUUCAUUCCCCUUCUAAUGUUGUGCAACGUCCAGGACCGUUACUACCUUCCUGUCUUCUUCCACCACGACGUGGCCUUCUGUAUCAUCAUGGCAAUCUUCUCUUUCUCCAGCGGAUACUUUGUGUGUUUGUCCAUGUCGUACGCUCCUCAGUUAGUGGAACCAAAGGACUCAGAGACUGCUGGUGCUCUGAUGACCUUUUUUCUGGCUUUGGGAUUGUCCAUUGGAGCAGCGCUGUCCUUCCCCCUCCGUGCCUUGGUUUGAACAAGCUCGCCCGGGAUUGAUCAUAAUCCACAAUCACCAAUCUCGUCUCCUGUACGAAGCUGGCGAGGAACAGCAAUGCUUGUACGAUUGCUGCUCGCACAUUCUCCUCAUAUUUAUUCUCUUCAUUUUGUCUCUUAUUUUUAAUCUUUUCUGAAUGAGAAGGGAACCAUAUAGAAUUCUUCAGUAUGAAAUACUGAAUGUACUUCAGUAAUAUGUCAUAUUGCUGUUCAGAUACUUUUGGUGUUUUCAUUCCUUAAGUGCUGUUUUGUCAAAGUAGUGAACUUUUGUUCCAAAAGUGUAUCAAAUGUUCAAUUGUCUCCAAUUCCUGCACUGUAAAUAACUGCCAGGAGGUCCAAUUGUGAGCCUGUAGAGGAGCUAUAACCAUGACGGCCGCUGCCUGUUCUGACUGUUUACUUUAGUGACUCUAUUUCUUCUUGUGAUGACAUAGGAUUUCUAAAUCAGUGUGUAAAUAGGUUGAACCGAAUAACAGUUUGUAUUGGCCAGUAUAAGACGCUAGUGUGAUAUAUAUUUUUCUAGAACUAGAAAGAGGAAUCUGAUAGUCAACUGUCAUGUAUGUGCUCAUGUGCAUUUGUUUUCAUGAUGGACAUUAAGUUUUAAUGGUUUUUUUUUCCACAGAUCAGAAUGCAUUUUGUUACAGAACAAAGGGCUGACAGAGGAAGCUUAUAAUUGUUAAUGUAAGAUUUUUUUUUUUUUUUUUCGGCUUGCUUCACGCCAUGUUUUUGUAAGUAAACUUUCUUUUUGUUUAAUCAAUAUUUUCACCCGCCGAUUGUUUCAAGUAUUAUUUUUUUUAGGGGGGGGGGGGUACUGUACUGACUUGGCUCAAUAAUCACACAAGUCCAGUCUGGACUGUCUGCAUGGGAUUUGUUUUAUGAAUUGGCUGCUCUAUCUAUACACUUGAGCUGCACUGCAUAGGAAUUACAUCACAAAAUCUUUUGCAUGUGAGUGAACGUGGAACAAAACAACAGCUCUUUGUGGCAAUUACUUUGUAAAUUUCAGGGGUAUGAGUUAAUUCAACGUGGGGUUGCGAGCAAAUGAAAUGAUAAACUGCUAACUUUAAAUGACUUUUUUUUUUUUUCAAAUAUGCUGGCUGUUGUGUUUUCAUCAAGAUCACAAAACCAGAGACCAAAGAAGGGUGGCAAGACUGAGACCAAACUGAA